UUUUUAGUCGUUCCGAAUGUUUUAAGUGUGAUCUGCAACUGUUCUCCGCUCGGGCAAGCAAAAUUAAUUCCUUUGACAAGUGCCCCGUGCCCCGAGCCCCGUGCCCCGUCCCACGUAGUGCAACAUAAACAACACAAGCUAUUUAGCAGACCACUGCUAUGUCGGGCGACUGCAACACAUACUGCCCGAACGUGUGCGAUCCUUGCCAGGCGCCCACCGACUUCACCCCCUGUCCACCCAAUUCGUCGUGCCCGCCAUGCGAUUGCGGGGACUACAACGGCUGCUGCUACCAGCAGCCGGCGCGCGUCAGACCCAUUCUGCCGGUUUCCAACUUCAUGCGCUCGACGGCGCCUCUGGAUACGGACACCAUCUACCGACGCUCGUACUACGGCAACUGCGGGGACAACUUGCGGGCACGUCCAAUCUUGCCGUGCUCCCAGAUCCGCACCAGCACCGCGCCACUCGAGAAGUGUACGGUGCAGAAGCUGUCCUUUAUGCCGCCCUGCCCGGGCCAGCGCACCAGGCCGAUCAGACCCAUGGAGAGCGGGCUACGCUUCGAGGGACCCAUCUACGCUAUGACCUCCCAGAAGCACGACUACGUGCCCAAGGGUGUGGCGAAGCGGGAGCCCAUCAAGCCGGCCGGGGCCAUCUGCACCUCGUCCGCUCCCAUGGAGCGCUGCACCAUUCAGAAGCUGUCGUACAUGCCGAUCGACGUCUGCCAGAAUCCGCCGCCCAAGGCCGUGCCCCAGGAAUCGCACUACUGCAAGCCGAGCGGCCCGCUGGAGCGCUGCACCAUACAGAAGCUGUCGUACAUGCCGGUCUGCCUGCCGGCCAAGGAGCCCACUCCCUGGGCGGACAAGAUCCGGUGCGUGCCACCGCGCUACCAGAACAUCUGCACAACCUACAACCUGAGCUACAUGCCCAACUGCAAUCCGGGACGCACUGCACCGGUGAUGCCGGUAUCCAAUUUACGCUUCCUUGGCAACGAUCCCUCUGCCGGGAACACUGUCUACAAGCUUAGCUACAUGCCAGUCGAUGCCACGCGCACCAAGCCCACGCCGAUCCUGCCCAGGGACACCUUCUGUCGUCCCACCGGCCCACUGGAGCGAUGCACCAUACAAAAGCUCUCCUAUCAGCCAAAUUGUGCUGAACGCACUGCGCCCAUUCGACCCAUGGAAAAUGGACUGCGCUUCGAUGGGCCCAUGUACGCCAUGACCACCCAGAAGCACGACUUUGUGCCGAAGCCGCACGUGCGCCGAUCCCCCAUUAUGCCGAGCUCGGCCUUCUGUCGUCCCAGCGGCGCCAUGGAACGCUGCACGGUCAACAAGCUGUCGUAUAUGCCGGUGGAUGUCACUUGCUUCCCGCGGCCAGAGGCCGUCGUACCCAGAGCCGGGUUCUGCCGCAACGAGGGACCAGUGGAGAACUGUACUACAUACAAGCUGAGCUACUUGCCGAAUUGCCUUCCGCCCAAGGAGCCGUUGCCCUGGGCUCGUUACACCUCCUACUGUCGCCCCAGCGGACCCAUUGAGAAGUGUACCAUCCAGAAGCUUAGCUAUGGGCCCCCGGGUGCCUUUUCGCGUUGUGGCGGACCCUGUGGAAAUGGCGCCGGCGAUGCUGGUUGCUUCCCGAAAGCUGGCAUUUGCUAAGCCGGAGGUACUUUUUGCCCCCCACCAAACCCAUUCUCUAUGUUAAAUGUUUAAGCAAAUUGUAAUCAGCCCAAAGGAAGCUUGCCUCCCUAUGCAGCACACAAGAAGAACGGAACUGCCAAAGAUGCACGCACCAUCACGCCACCCCCUCACACCACACACACAGCACAGUAUUUGUCAACUAUUUUCGGCGAUUUGAUCUGGUCCAAUGAUCGCUGCCCAAAAUUGCAAGUGUUAGAUUGUUCGACUUGCGUGUUACCAGUGUUGUCUUUCUCAAAUUAAAGUAUUCAAAUAACCACGGGGGCCAAGAAAUGGCCCCUAAAUCAAA